CGUACGAUUGGACCCAUCGAAGCGAACCAAUGGAGCAAUCAUCCCCUAAUUGAUUGAUAUUCUAAUUUGGAAAGUAUUUCCAUCCACAUCCGGACCCCAUUUCCGACAGCCAAUCCGCCAAAUUUACCAAAACUAACGCAGCAGUCAAUCGGUCUCUUAAUAUAAAGUCCAAGUGUCAACCCCAUCUCAACAGUUAUCCUUUACCCCUUCCCCUUUAGUAGAAUUAAACGAAAGAUAGACGAAGGGACACUGGAGAGAAUAGUUGUUGGGGUCGGGGAAGAAGAGUGAAACGAAAAAUGGAAACAAUAUAAAAAUCCCUAGAUAGUGAUAUAGAAAUAUAUAUAGAUAGAAAAGGAACCCUAAAAGAUCUACAAUUGGGGCGAAUUAAUUAAUGGGACGGAAGAAAGUAGAGAUGAAGCGAAUCGAAGAGAAGAGUAGCAGACAAGUGACGUUAUGUAAAAGGAGGAAAGGACUGAUAAAGAAAGCCAAACAACUCUCCAUUCUUUGCGAUGUCGAUGUGGCUGUUGUCGUCUUCUCCGACCGUGGUACCCUCUACGAAUCUUCCACCCCUAGCAGUGUGACAGAGAUCGUUCAACAAUACUACAGCCAUGUGGAAGCAGAUAAAGAGAACUCUGCAGAAGUUUCGGACACAGAGCACUCUAAAUAUGCAAGCUUCCCAACAAUGGGAGAACUGUUACAAACAGUAAAAAGGCAACUCGAGGAACCCGAUGUUGAUGGUCUCCGCAUGACUGACCUUGUUCAUUUGGAAAAUCAACUACAAACUGCUCUAAAGCAAGCCAGAUCUAGGAAGAUGCAUUUGAUGAUUGAAUUUAUCAACAGUCUUCGUGAGAAGGAAAAACUUCUUAGUGGACAAAACAAACUUCUGGAGGACAAGAUAGCUAAGAACAAGAACAAGAGAAAAGUGAAAAAUGGGAUGGCUUUGGAUUUCACUAACCUUGCACCAGCCAGCAUGAAUUGUCGACAGCAAAGAGCGACCCUGAAUUUCCUCUAGUUAUUCUGGAAAGUAUAAUAUUCCUGUAGAGGCUCAAUCGAAGGUUAUCUACAGCAUAUUUGUAAAUUCCCAUUUGUAUGAAGAAUCAUGUUGUACCUGAAACACUGGAAAUAAGGAGACUACUGAAUUAAUUUAAGAUAUUGGUAUAAUCUUGAUAAAGAAAUAUUUAAAUUAAAUGGUCAUCUGUAAGACCAACUAAUUCAUUGUGACCGUUUUGAGCUCUGCUUUCCCAUUCA